CAACACGUCCAACCUUGAAGCAGAUGGGCUACAGCAGCAGAAGACCACCCGAAUGUCCUCCAGUCUUCCCCGUCACGUCGUCUGGGAGUCAGAGGGGCUGGUGGCCUACCUCCACCCUCGGCCCUGGACCCCAGGCUCUGUUACCCUGGAGCGCAGCACGCCCGGCGGCCUAGGAGGCAGCAUCUUCCACCUGGAGAAGCAGGAGUACUUAACCUGGCUGUUGGGGGCGAGAGCUGUCGCACAGCUGCUGUGUGACCGGUUGGGCGUUCGGAGGUGUGCGCUGGUCAGCAGACCUCACGGAGACAGACCUGCCCAGAUCCGUGUCCUCCCUCUACAUGGUCUAGAUGCAGAGUGGCGCCCGCACCUGGCAGGAGAAGAGGAGCACAACGCCCACGACCCGGGGUACUGUACCUCAAAGACCGCUCCCCGAUGGAAUGACUCCAGCCUGACUGAAAUCCAAACCAAGAUUCGAGCCAAGCUUCCAUUACCUGACGCCCCACCCAAUCUGACUUUCCUGGGGGACGAUCUGGCUCAUCCUGGCCUGUUUUCACGCAUCGUUCGUGGGGAGGAGCAGCAGUGGCGGGUGUGGGAGGACGAAGGUCAUGUGGCCUUUCUCACUCCUUUCCCUAACUCACCUGGCUUUACUGUACUGGUCCCACGCCGACCUUUGACCUCUGAUAUAUUCAGACUAGAAAAAGAGGACUAUGAGGGACUGGUGCUGGCAACCUGGAAGGUGUCGAGGCUUCUUGGGGAAGGGUUGGGUGCCUGGGGGAUGGGGCUUAUUUUUGAGGGCUUUGAGAUUGACUACGCUCACGCCAAGUUGAUACCACUGUUUGUACCGUCGUCAUCAUCAUCAGGGACAGAGGAUGAUGGCACUAAACCACCACCACCUCCCCAGUUUUACCCCACUUAUCCUGGAUACGUGACAUCAGAAGAUGGUCCUGUAGCCAACCUGGAAAGUCUGAAGGAACUACACAUUAAAAUUACUCAGAUUUAAUGCUGUUGUCUAUAGUUUGAUUUCUACUCUGGUACCAAAAUCCCGCAAAAGGAAUUCCUCUGUCUUAGGAAUUAACAAGAAGCCUGUAAAAUAACAGAAAACACCUUCAUUAUUAAAGAGCUAUCAUAUCCUGCA